CGUGACUAUAUGUGCAGUUGAGCAAAGCCAGAGAGAGGGAGGAAGCACACGCGACCACCAUUCAUGUACUCCCUUCCCCUAUCCAACCUGUGAUUCGAAACACCGGAACGAAGCCAUGAUAAAGUCGGCGGCGACGGCCGCGGCGCCGGGGGCGGUGGGGAAGGGGAUGAUGGUGGGAACGAGCCCUGGGCGGUCGGAGAAGCUGCCAGCGCCGGGGUUGGCGAGGCUGCUGGGGGGCGCGGGGAAGAGCAGGGGGCGGGGAGGGGCGGCACGGUCGAGCCCGAUGUUCGUGACGCGGAGCCGGAGCGUGGGGCGGCUGGCGGAGGGGGAUGCCCGGGCCGGGGCGGGGGAGGAGGGGGAGCCGUCGUCGCCCAAGGUCACGUGCAUCGGCCAGGUCCGGAUCAGGAAUAAGAACAAGAAGAACAGGGACACGACGACGACGUUGAAGUCCAAGGAGAGGCGCCCGACGGCGACAGCGACGGCGACGGCGGUGGAGCGUUGCCGAUGCCUCCAGAGGCCGCUGCUUUGCGGCAUGUUCGCUGGCUGGAGAAAGGACUCAGGCAGGCGGCCGUGGCGGUGGUUGUGGUGGCGGCAGUGGGAGUUUAGCCUCCGAUCUGGAAAAACCGGGAGGUACCAGCAGAGAAGAUCAAUCGAAAAGGAUGCAGAUCUCAUGAAGCCACCGAUAGAAAUGGUGGGAGGAGGAGGAGUUUUUGAAUCGGAUCGAGAAGAAUAUAGGAACGAUGACGACGAUGAGGAGAAAUUGGAGAACGAGGAGGAGGAGGAUGAGACUAGGGUUUUCGUUUCGUCGGCGACGAUGACGCCGCCGAAGAACGCGCUGCUGCUGAUGAGAUGCCGAUCGGCUCCGCACAACCGGGCGCCGUCCCUGGCCGCCAACCGGUUCCCGGUCUCUGUCUCUCCGCUUCCGCCAUCGGAAUCGAAGUCUUCUCCGGCAGAGAAGAAGAUGGAAGUGGGAGAUGAUGAGGAGGAGAAGGAGGGGAGGAACUCGAGCAAUGGGAGCUCGAGAGAUGGAGGGGAGGAGGGAGAGGAAGGAUCGCGGCCCCUGGUCCUGACGCGGUGCAAGUCGGAGCCGGCGAGGAGGGCCGUGGUCCCGGAAGCGUCUUACUGUUUUUGGGCCAACAACGGCAACGGCAGGUCGUCCCUCGUACACGAGGAGCGGCCCCCACCACCACCACUCCACCGCUGAAGCUGAUCCAAAAAUCCAAAUAUUUCUACUGGUUUCCAAUUAAUUUUUUGCUGUAAGCGUCGUCUUUUGUUUGUUUAGCGAGUGGUAAUUGAUGUACAAAGUUAAUGUCUGGGAGAUUAGUAACGAACUACUUCGAGUGCCCUUUCUACCCUAAUCUAUCUAUUUUCUCUCUCUCAGGAAACGGGAUAAUUUAAUGUUUUUCCUCGAGAUCUAUUAUUUUUGUGGGAAUCCGAGAAUGGAGAGAAUCUCCACUCACAUCACUUUCUGC